AUGGCGUCCAACGCGGCAGGGAAGCAGCGGAUCCCCGAGGUGGCGAAGGUGAAGAACGAAGCUCCUGCCGAGGUGCAGAUCACCGCCGAGCAGCUGCUGAGAGAAGCCAAGGAGAGGGAGCUGGAACUUCUGCCGCUGCCCAAGCAGGAGAUUACCGUCAAGGAGGAGCUCAACGACUCCAAGCUGAGGAAGAGGAAGAAUCAUAAAGGAAGACCCAAAAGACACUGCUGUGAUGAUGGCGAGCAAGUCUUCACCACUUCAUCAAACCUGAAGAUCCAUGAGAAAACUCACACUGGUGAUAAACCAUACAGCUGUGAUCAGUGUGGUGCGGCUUUUACCCGACAGUAUCAUCUAAAGAAUCACCACCGUAUUCACACUGGAGACAAGCCUUACAGGUGUGAUCAGUGUGGAGUGGCUUUUGUCCAGAAAAAUCACCUAACGACUCACCAACGUAUUCACACUGGAGACAAGCCUUAUAGAUGCGAUCAGUGUGAGGCGACCUUUGCCCAGCAAAGUGCUCUAACGAAACACAGACGGAUUCACACUGGAGACAAGCCUUACAGGUGUGAUCAGUGUGAGGCGGCUUUUGCCCAGCAAAGUAAUUUGACGAGACACCAACGUAUUCACACUGGAGACAAGCCUUACAGGUGUGAUCAGUGUGAGGCGGCUUUUGCCCAGCAAGGUCAUUUGACGAGACACCAACGUAUUCACACUCGAGACAAGCCUUACAGAUGCGAUCAGUGUGGAAAGGCUUUUGCCCAGCAAGGUCAUUUGACGAGACACCAACGUAUUCACACUGGAGACAAGCCUUACAACUGCGAUCAGUGUGGAAAUGCUUUUGCCCAGCAAGGUGACCUAACGAAACACCAACGGAUUCACACUGGAGACAAGCCUUACAGAUGCAAUCAGUGUGGAAAAGCUUUCGCCCAGCAAGGUGAUCUAACGAAACACCGACGGAUUCACACUGGAGACAAGCCUUACAGAUGCGAUCAUUGUGGAAAGGCUUUUACCGAGCAAUGUCAUCUGACGAGACAUCAACGUAUUCACACUGGAGACAAGCCCUACAGGUGUCAUCAGUGUGGAGCGGCUUUUGCCGAGCAAGGUACUCUAACGAGACAUCAACGUAUUCACACUGGAAACAAGCCCUACAGGUGUGAUCAGUGUGGAGCGGCUUUUGCCGAGCAAGGUACUCUAACGACUCACCAACGUAUUCACACUGGAAACAAGCCUUACAGCUGUGAUCAGUGUGGUGCGGCUUUUGCCCGACAAUAUCAUCUAAAGACUCACCAACGUAUUCACACUGGAGACAAGCCUUACAGGUGUGAUCAGUGUGGUGCGGCUUUUACCCGACAAUAUACUCUAAAGAAUCACCAACGUAUUCACACCGGAGACGAGCCUUACAGAUGUGAUCAGUGUGGUGCGGCUUUUACCCGACAAUAUACUCUAAAGAAUCACCAACGUAUUCACACUGGAGACGAGCCUUACAGAUGUGAUCAGUGUGGAGCGGCUUUUGCCCAACAAGGUUCUCUAAAGAGACAUCAACGUAUUCCUCAUCUGGACCAGGAGAGAGAGAGAGCAGCUCUUUAUCAGGAUCCCCUGCUGAGCGUAACUAACCUUUGUUUCAUCAAGAAACACUGACCGGCCGGAUCAAACCACUUUCUCUUCAUUUACAAAGAUUCACGUAAGAGGCUGUUCUGUGUCUGGGCAGAGGAACUUAGUAACACAUUUUAAAAGUUAGUUUUACGUUGUGAGCCGGACUGGUGAUCCCGUCACAACUGUGCUCAUUAGUUGUACUCAGUUGAGUGUUUUUGUUUAUCUUAUUGUUUUCUCCCCUCAUUCUGCUCCUACUAACCCCCCCCCCCAAACACACACACACACACACACACACACACACACACACACACACACA